CAAAAAGAGGCUAAAAUCAUGUCAGAGGAAGUGUUUAAAAUGUUUCCGUACCAGGUAGUAAUAGUCAGUAUUUGGUUUUAGUCGAACAAGUAAAGUUGUAGUGUUCAGAAGGGCUUGUAGAUAAAUAUUUCAGCAGCAGGUAAAAAUAUAGUUAUUUAUAGCAUUGACAUAUUCCUUUCAAGAAGUUUUAUUUUAUUUUUUAAACAUUCGUAUUGCAGAAUGGAACGCCUAGCAAUUUUCUUCCUAUUAACCAUAACUCUAAAACCACUUAUGGGAGAAAACAUAGAAGUGUCAGUCACGACCACAUCUCCACUUAAACUAUCAACAUUCGACCCGAACUCUUUAGAUUCUAAUACGAGUACGACAAGGGAAAACCCUUCCUCUGAAAAGAAAAAUGAUUCUGAGAAACAGUCCAUGCAGCAGUACGGACAACCUUGGAUCCCAGUUUAUCCGGCAAUGCCUUAUAAUGCACCGCCACCAUACAAUUACCCUUUUUAUCCAGGAGUUAAUCCAAAUGCAGUGGCUGCCAAUAAUAAGGACGUUCAGGCCACGAAUUACUUUGCUGCUGUUUUGCCUGCGGCACAGAUGCUGAUCAGCAUACUUAGAAAUGUAUUACUGUAUUUUCUAGUAAAACAUUUUGUUUUGAAGGCUAUAAAUUUUAUAGAGUUAAUAGUGGGGAUCAGAAAUUUUAUUUUGGCAGAUGAAGUUUCUUUUCAUAUUGCUAAGGCUGCUUUGCAAGCUGGUAUGAAACUGUUUGCUAAAUUAGGAAUUUAUGCCAUAGCUGGAGCAGGUUUAUUAGCUAUUGGAGGAAUUUUUACUUAUAUGUUCUGUUACUUGACCCAAUCAUGCAACAUAGCAUUUUAUGGUGUUAAUAUUCAAAAGGCAUUAGAUAAAGAAACUGUGAGGUCCCUUAUGACACCUGAGAAAAUUGCAUCGGCAGCAGCACUAGUUCAAGAUGCAAUUGGGAAAUAUCAAAGACUUCAAAAAGCUGUAGGACAAUAGUUUUUGUUUAAGAUGUAUUAAAUAUGUUAAUUAUAGAUGUAAAUAAAAUUGCCAAAUAAAAAUAUUUUAAGAAC